GCCAACACAGGCUUUGGGAGUUUAGCUAGCGGGAACGUACAGUGUAACACUGGCCUCUUAAAUUAUAUUCAAUAACAGAUGGCUAUUUAAUCAUGUAAACCGCAACGUUUGUUUAUUAACGCGAGCCAACUAAUGUUAGUUGACUUAGUUAGCUAGGUGGACUUGUUUUGCGAGACGAUAUCAAAAUAUAACGUUACUGAUAUAACAUGGCCUACUAUAGUCGAAGUUGUUUGGUACACUGCGUUUAGUCAUAACAUCAUCCCACAUUUCCCUCCACUCGUAGAUCUCAAUUUUUAUCAGAUGACGAACUACUUUUUAUAGCAGCUGUUACAUAACGUUACAACUUUAACUAGCUAAUUAGAUACAUUCGCACAGUUCUGACAACCCGGGGUAGCUAACGUUAGCUAGCUAACAAGCUACCGGCUAACAUGUGCCCUUUUAAAAUGGCCGCAAGGGUCGUAAAGGUUCAGCUAGAUUAUUCAGUGUAUCCCAAAGAUGGUCAGACCUUACUCCGGACCUCCUCGGUUCAAACCCAGGCCCUACUCUGAUGGCUACAACAUGCCAUAUGAAGAGAAUUACAGCCCCCACCCCAGGAGUCAGAGAGGAUUCCGGGGCCACUCAGGAAAGGUCCCUCCAAGCUGGAGAGAUUCCAGAGGCAGAGGACGUGCUCACUUUGCCAAAAGGCCCCCACUGAUGGGAGAACGGAGGCCCCCACUGAUGGGAGAACGGAGGGAGCGACCUUUCAAUCAGUGGAGGUCCCAAAACCAGGAUUCCUUCAACACAUACCCCUCCCAAACGGAGCCCCAUCAUGGCCACAGGAGGCCUUCCCCUUCCGGGCCAAACCGUCCCCCCCCAGCUCAGCAUAGGUCCUCCCCUCAUACUCCUGGACAAGGGCCCCAGGGCCAGAGGGGUGCACUUAUCCAUGGAAACCACUCAGGUUACAGAUCCCCCUCACCACGCCAUUAUCAUAACCAACCUCCUGACAGGAGGCCACAACCCUCACAGUCCCCCCACAGUUCCUUCAGGGGCCCUCACAAGCGCCCAAGUCCGUCUCACGAAGAGGACAGGAGCUGGGGUGUCCGGCCGCCUUAUAGUCCCAGGGAGAGGCAGUUUGAGCGCCCAGGUCGCGGGGGGAUGCGCUGGAAUGGGCCAGGGCCCAUUCCCCGACCACACAAUGGUGAACGUGGGCCCUCUGGCUCCCCCCAGAGAAAGCUACGGGAUUUUCAUGGCAGAGGUCCUUAUCCAGAGAGGUGGUCUGCUGAGCAAGAUCCCAGGCAGCAGCAUGGAGUGGUGGGAAGGGAGCGGGAGGGCAGCGGACGCCGCAGCACUGAGUGGGCACAGGAAGGCAGCCCUCCCCACAGAUCCCCCACAUGGAAAGGAGGUUGGUCGUCGUCCUCUUUCCACGAGAACAGCCCUCAGGCAAGGCCAAGUGGACCACCACACAAGAGGAAGUUCCAGGAGCGCGGGAUCCCUCCUGCAGGCCCUGAUGUGGAGCAUGGACACCCAAAGCGCCCUCGCAGAGAGAUUCCACAUUACUUCAACACCCCUAGGGGAUUUGGCGGCCGUCCCUUGUCAUUCAGGGGCAAGAGUCGUUUGCUGAAGGGGCGUAAAAUGAGAGCGGAGUCGGUGAUGAGGCUCAAAGUACCUCCACCUCAUCCCCAAGGAGCAGAGAUCCAUGAAGAGGAAGGGCCUCAUACGUCCAGGGGAAAUGCGCCAUCCAAGUUUGCUCUUCGGAGGGAGCGUUUCCAAGCAAACGCUGGCCCACUGAGGAAGAGGCCGAUGCCCCAUCAAUCACCCCCCAACCCAGAAGCCAAUUCAACCAAGUCUUCCAGGGACUCAGAGUCACAGAAGGAACAAGUGGACUCUCAGCGAGCCUUGAGCACACACAGCCCUUCCUCUAUAGACAAACGGCUGGCUCGUGACCUAGUCGUUGUGUCCCAGUGGCAGGCACCUGGGACUAACUCAAGCUCAAAGGACAGCCCCCCAAGGGAUAGAAGUAGGACACCAAAAAACAAAACUGAGCGCUAUUACAAUUCAGAUGAGCAACUUACGCUGAAUGAACGCUUCUCUAAAAUUCAUGACUCCAGUCCUUCCCCUUCACCAAGAGACCGGAGAUAUGCGGAAAGGCCAACGAAUGUGCCACAGGAGAACCACAGACCUGAAAGACCCUUCAGGAAACCAGGACCACAGAGAUCGAGCUUCCGUCCCACUAGCCCAAAUCGCAAACCAGGUCCUCCCCCUCAGAGAAGACCAGGUCCUCCUCCUCAGAGAAGAUCAGGUCCUCCUCCUCAGAGAAGACCAGGUCCUCCUCCUCAGAGAAGACCAGGUCCUCCUCCUCAGAGAAGACCAGGUCCUCCUCCUCAGAGAAGACCAGGUCCUCCUCCUCAGAGAAGACCAGGCCCUCCUCCUCAGAGAAGACCAGGCCCUGAACCGCCUGGUCCCUUUAGGAAGCCACUCAUGGGAGGCUUUGUGCCACGUCCUUUCUCUCAAAGGCCAGUGUUCAGGAAGAGCCAGAGCAUCCUGUCCAAAUACCGUAACAUGCCGACAAUGCGUCAACAUGUACCCCCCAACAGAGGGUCUAAUUAUCGCCGCUGGUGAUCAAACUAGAGGGACCAAGGGCACAGUUCAGGGUUACACACCCUUUCCCCCUUGGCCUUGGGUUGCGUCUUUGUCCUGGAGAUGGUCCCCCAAAAGAUGGUCUCCCUGUCGUCAGGAGUACAUCAGAAAAUGACAGUUGCACUGUUUAUUUUUUGACUCUGUUUGCAUAAGAUGUGUUUAAAUAUACAGAAUAGGCUAUCAGUUUCUAGUCUUCCAGACUGGUUAUUAUGGACAUUGUUUUUUUGAUUUCACAACUGUUACACUUCUCGUAUCGUGUAAAUGAAAUUCUGAAGAUUUUACCUUUUUAUAGUUCCCAGUACCAAUUUUUUGUUUUUCCCCAGUGCUUAGAGAAACACUUUUUGCUGUAAAGUAGAAGCAGUCUUCAAGACGAUUCCCCAAGGGCUGUUGAAUAUGAUGCUCAGUCUAAUUCUCAACCUGUAAAAACUACUGAUGCCAUCUUCAAGUCCUGCUCAUUUCAACCUAUGUACAUUGUUUUGUUUAAGAUAUUGCAAAUAAAUGGCUCAACAUGC